AUGGGGAUCAUCAACUGGGUGCAGAAUCGUCUGAACACCAAGCAGGAGAAGAAACGAUCCGCCGCCGCCGCCGCCGCGGGCGCGAGCUCGGUUCGCAAUGCCCCGGUCCGGGAGAAUAGUUGCCGCGGCCAGGCCGACGACGAACUCCCCGGCGACUGGAGCAUGCUCUCCAUCGGAACCAUCGGAACCCUCGGCAACGAGCCCACGCCGGCGCCGGCGCCAGAUCAGGCGGUGCCGGACUUCACCAUCGAGGAGGUGAAGAAGCUGCAGGACGCGCUGAACAAGCUACUCAGGCGCGCCAAGUCUAAGUCCAGCUCCCGCGGCUCCACCGCCGGCGCCGGCGACGAGGAGCAGAACCUGCCGCUCGACAGGUUCCUCAACUGCCCCUCCAGCCUCGAGGUCGACCGGCGGCUCUCGCUCAGGCUGCAGGGCGCCGAUGGCGGGCAGAACGGGGAGUUCUCGCCGGACACGCAGAUCAUACUCAGCAAGGCCAGGGAGCUCCUCGUCAGCACCAACGGCAACGGCGGGGGCGUCAAGCAGAAGUCCUUCAAGUUCCUCCUCAAGAACAUGUUCGCCUGCCGGGGCGGCUUCCCGCCGCAGCCCAGCCUCAAGGAUCCAGUCGAAACAAAACUAGAGAAGUUGUUUAAGACGAUGCUUCAAAAGAAGAUGAGCGCCCCGCGCCAGAGCAACGCGGCAUCGUCGUCGAGGAAGUAUUACCUGGAGGACAAACCAAUGGGAAGGAUCCAAAUGGAUGGUCACCACGACGAGGAGGAGGAUGACUACGGAGAAGAUGUCUUCAAGUGGGACAAAACAGAUUCAGAUUUCAUUGUUCUAGAGGUGUAAAGCGAUAGCUGACACACAAGGUCAAGAUCAUUAUGAUGUGAAAUGAUUACACGGAUGUUAAUUAUAAUGCCAUCGACGCUGUAAUGAUCCCGGUGAUAUAUGUUGAACGACGUGUUGAACGCCAAAUCGAUGAGGCGGAGGACAUAUGAUGGAAUGCGCCAGGGUGUUGCACUGAACGAACGGGUCGACAAGCCAAGAUUUGAUCUGCUGUUCAUAGGAGGAAUCAGUUUUCAGCUUAA